CCUGGCGAGCCCCAGGUGCUGCUGGGGAAGGACAAGGCCUUCACCUAUGACUUUGUCUUUGACCUGGACACGUGGCAGGAGCGGAUCUACACAACGUGUAUGGGGAAGCUGAUCGAGGGCUGCUUCGAGGGCUACAAUGCCACUGUGCUGGCCUACGGGCAGACUGGAGCAGGGAAGACCUACACCAUGGGCACGGGUUUCGACGUGAGCAUCUCGGAGGAGGAGCAGGGCAUCAUCCCACGGGCCAUCAGCCACCUCUUCAGCGGCAUCGAGGAGCGCAAGCGGGCGGCCCAGAGCCAGGGUGUGGCAGCACCCGAGUUCAAAGUCAGCGCCCAGUUCCUGGAGCUCUACAACGAGGAGAUCCUGGACCUGUUCGACAGCAGCCGCGACCCCGACGCACGCCACCGCAAAUCCAACAUCAAAAUCCACGAGGAUGCCAGCGGGAGCAUCUACACCACGGGGGUCACAUCACGCCUCAUCAGCUCCCAGGAUGAGCUGAUCCAGUGCCUAAAACAAGGAGCUCUUUCCCGCACCACCGCCAGCACCCAGAUGAACGUGCAGAGUUCCCGGUCCCAUGCCAUCUUCACCAUUCACCUGUGCCAGACGAGAGUGUGUGCCCGCCCAGAGCUGGUGAACGAGGAGGUGAGCAGCCUUCUGGAUGGAUCCCAACCUGCUGCUGAGUACGAGACCUUGACUGCCAAGUUUCACUUUGUGGACCUGGCUGGCUCGGAGAGGCUGAAGCGGACGGGCGCCACUGGCGAGAGAGCCAAGGAAGGGAUCUCCAUCAACUGUGGGCUGCUGGCCUUGGGGAAUGUCAUCAGUGCCCUUGGAGACCAGAGCAAGAAAGUCGUGCACGUGCCCUACCGUGACUCCAAGCUCACCCGCCUGCUGCAGGAUUCCCUCGGGGGCAACAGCCAAACCAUCAUGAUUGCCUGCGUGAGCCCCUCUGACCGGGAUUUCAUGGAGACCCUGAACACGCUCAAGUACGCCAACCGGGCUCGCAACAUCAAGAACAAGGUGGUGGUGAACCAGGACAAGACGAGCCAGCAGAUCAGCGCCCUGCGCGCCGAGAUCGCCCGGCUGCAGAUGGAGCUGAUGGAGUACAAGGCAGGCAAGCGGGUGAUCGGGGAGGACGGUGCCGAGGGCUACAGCGACCUGUUCCGCGAGAACGCCAUGCUGCAGAAGGAGAACAGCGCCCUGCGCAUGAGGGUGAAGGCCAUGCAGGAGGCCAUCGAUGCCAUCAACAGCAGGGUCACCUACCUCAUGAGCCAGGAGGCCAACCUGAUGCUGGCCAAAGCAGGUGAUGGAAACGAGGCCAUCGGCACCCUCAUCCAGAACUACAUCCGCGAGAUCGAGGAGCUGAGGACGAAGCUCCUGGAGAGCGAGUCCAUGAACGAGUCCCUGCGCCGCAGCCUCUCGCGGCUCUCUGCCCGGCCGCCCUUCUCGGUGGGCUCCUCUCCGGCCCCCGGCCUGGCCGGGCUCUGCAGCCCCGCGGCCCCGCUGGACACCGAGGCCUCUGAUGUCCUCCGCCGGGCCAAGCAGGACCUGGAGCGCCUGAAGAAGAAGGAGAGGCGGCAGCAGAGGAAGAGCCCGGAGAAGGAGGCGUUUAAGAAGCGGCAGAAACUGCAGCAGGACAAUGGGGAGGAGACGGAUGAGAACGAGGUGGAAGAGGAGGAGGAAGAGCAGGAUGAGAGCGGCUGUGAGGAGGAGGAUGGGCGCGAGGAUGAAGAUGAGGACUCGGGCAGUGAAGAGAGCCUGGUGGACUCAGACUCGGAUGCGGAGGAGAAGGCCGUGAAUUUCCAGGCCGACCUGGCGGAUCUGACCUGUGAGAUUGAGAUCAAGCAGAAGCUGAUUGAUGAGCUGGAGAACAGCCAGAGGCGUUUGCAGACCCUCAAGCACCAGUAUGAGGAGAAGCUGAUCCUACUGCAGAACAAGAUUCGGGACACGCAGCUGGAGCGGGACCGGGUCCUGCAAAACCUCAGCACCAUGGAGUGCUACACAGAGGAGAAAGCCAACAAGAUCAAGGCAGACUAUGAGAAGAGGCUGAAGGAGAUGAACAGGGACCUGCAGAAGCUCCAGGCAGCCCAGAAGGAGCACGCUCGCCUGCUCAAGAACCAGUCCCGCUAUGAGCGCGAGCUGCGGAAGCUGCAGGCAGAAGUGGCUGAGAUGAAGAAGGCAAAGGUGGCUCUGAUGAAGCAGAUGCGGGAGGAGCAGCAGCGGCGGCGGCUGGCGGAGACCAAGAGGAACCGGGAGAUCGCGCAGCUCAAGAAGGAGCAGCGCCGGCAGGAGUUCCAGAUCAGGGCUCUGGAAUCUCAGAAGCGACAGCAGGAAAUUGUGCUGCGGAGGAAAACCCAGGAGGUGUCUGCACUGCGCCGUCUGGCCAAGCCCAUGUCGGAGCGGGUGGCGGGCAGGAUGAGCCAGAAGCCGGCCAUGCUGGACUCGGGCGCAGAGGUCUCGGCCAGCACCACCUCCUCCGAGCCCGAGUCCGGCGCUCGCUCCGUCUCCAGCAUCGUGCGCCAGUGGAACAGGAAAAUCAACAACUUUCUGGGAGACCCCUCGUCCUCCAUUAAUGGGGCUCGGCCUGCCAGGAAGAAGUUCCCCAAGAAGGGGACAAGCCAGACCUUCAGCAAAGCCGCCCGCCUCAAGUGGCAGUCCCUGGAGCGGCGCAUCUUCGACAUUGUCAUGCAGAGAAUGACCAUCAUCAACCUAGAGGCAGACAUGGAGAGGCUCAUCAAGAAACGUGAGGAGCUGUCACUGCUGCAGGAGGCGUUGCUGGGCAAGCGGGCAAAGCUGCAGGCAGAGAGCCCCAAGGAGCAGAAGGGUCUGCAAGAGCUGAACGAGGAGAUUGAGGUGCUGGGGGCCAACAUUGACUAUAUCAAUGACAGCAUUUCAGACUGCCAGGCCACCAUCAUGCAGAUUGAGGAGACCAAGGAGGAGCUGGACUCCACAGACACCUCGGUGGUGAUCAGCUCCUGCUCCCUGGCCGAAGCCCGGCUGCUGCUGGACAACUUCCUGAAAGCCUCCAUCGACAAGGGGCUGCAGGUGGCCCAGAAGGAGGCCCAGAUCCGCCUGCUGGAGGGGCGCCUGCGGCAGUCGGACGUGGCCAGCUCCUCGCAGAACCACGCUCUGCUGGACGCCCUGCGCGAGAAGGCAGAGUCACACCCCGAGCUGCAGGCCCUCAUCCACAACGUCCAGCAAGAGAAUGGCUACACCAGCACGGACGAGGAAGUCUCAGAGUUCAGCCUGGCCUCAGAUGGGAGCAUCUCCCAGUCCUUCACCAUGAAGGGCUCAGCAAGCCAGGAUGAUUUCAAAUUCAAGGGAGAGCCCAAGCUUUCGGGGCAGAUGAAGGCGGUGUCAGCCGAGUGUCUGGGACCCACGCUGGACGUCUCCACCAAGAACAUCACCAAGUCCUUGGCAUCCCUCAUGGAGAUCAAAGAGGACAGGAUUGGCUUCUCCAUCCGAGACCCCUACUACAAGGAGAAGGUGUCACGCACCAUCAGCCUGCCCACGCGAGGAAGCACCUUUCCCAGGCAGUCCCGGGGCUCGGACACUUCUCCUCUGACAAGGAGGAAAUCCUAUGACCGUGGGCAGCCUGCCAGGCCUGCAGACAUUGGCUUCACACCACCCUCGUCCCCACCCACCCGUCCGCGCAAUGACCGCAACGUCUUCUCCCGUCUCACGAGCACCCAGAGCCAGGGAUCUGCCUUGGACAAGUCUGAUGACAGCGAUUCCUCUGUCUCGGAGGUGCUGAGGGGCAUCAUCAACCCGGUGGGUGGCACCAAGAAUGCCAGGACAGCCCCGCUGCAGUGUGUCUCGGUGGCAGAGGGACACACCAAGCCUGUGCUCUGCCUGGAUGCCACCGAUGAGCUGCUCUUCACUGGCUCCAAAGACCGGAGCUGCAAAAUGUGGAACCUGGUGACAGGCCAGGAAAUCGCUUCUCUCAAGGGUCACCCCAACAAUGUGGUUUCCAUCAAGUACUGCAGCCACACGGGGCUGGUGUUCACCGUGUCCACGUCGUACAUCAAAGUGUGGGACAUCCGCGACUCGGCCCGCUGCAUCCGCACCCUCACGUCUUCUGGGCAGGUGAUGUCUGGGGAUGCGUGUGCUGGGACCACCACCCGCACUGUCACCAGCGUGCAGGGGGAGCACCAGAUCAACCAGAUCGCCCUCAACCCCUCGGGCACCGCGCUCUACGCCGCUGCCGGCAACUCCGUCCGCGUCUGGGAGCUGAGCAGGCUGCAGCCCGUGGGGAAGCUGAGUGGCCACAUCGGGCCUGUGAUGUGUCUGACAGUGAACCAGACGGCGAGCAACCACGACCUGGUGGUCACAGGCUCCAAAGAUCACUACGUCAAGGUAUUUGAGAUCACAGAGGGCAUGGUGGGCAAUAUUGGCCCCACUCACAACUUCGAGCCCCCUCACUACGACGGCAUUGAGUGCCUGGCCAUCCAGGGAGAUGUCCUCUUCAGCGGCUCCAGGGACAACGGCAUAAAGAAGUGGGAUCUGGAGCAGCAGGAACUUAUCCAGCAAAUCCCCAAUGCCCACAAAGACUGGGUCUGUGCCCUGGCCUUCAUCCCCGGGCGCCCCAUGGUGCUGAGCGCCUGCCGAGGCGGCGUCAUCAAGGUGUGGAACGUGGACACCUUCACCCCAGUCGGGGAGAUCAAGGGGCAUGACAGCCCCAUCAACGCCAUCUGCACCAACUCCAAGCACAUCUUCACUGCCUCCAGCGACUGCCGGGUAAAGUUAUGGAAUUACGUGCCUGGGCUCACCCCUUGCCUUCCACGACGCGUCCUUGCCAUAAAGGGCCGUGCUACUAGUCUGCCUUGACCCUCCUGCUCUUUGACUCUCUUGCUCAUAUGCUCUUCUUCCGUCUCUCCUUCCCUUUUCCCUCCAUCUCUCCCUCCCUGUCCCUCUCACUGUUGCUUUUGCUCCUCUCUCUCCCCCACCACCUUCUUUUUCUCUGGUCUGAGCUGCUUCUUCACGGUAUGAAACUAUUCUGAGUUUUUCCCCACUUGAUAAGUCUUUGUUAGAAUGGACUCGCCCCCUUGUCCCAGUCAUACCCCUGCCUUGGUUUCACUUGCUUUUUGGUUUUCUUUUCCUCACCAAGCACCCACAUCUACUUUGGCAACUCUGUGGGAAGCCAUGGCCUGCCCAUGCCUUUGCAUGGAUAGUGGGUUGGGAAUCAGCAGCCACCCCCAAAUCAGCUCCAGGAGCAAAGCAGCUCCCUGGGAAUCACUGCUGGGCCCCAGCUGGAGCUCAUUCGAGGUGGGAAGGAGUCCUGGAGUGGGGUCAGCCCUAGAGGUCACCAUUUCCCUUUGUCCCCAGCUGCUGCCAGUGGGGUGAGCUGGAGGCUGAGCCCCACUGGGCCUGCCUUCUCCCCAAAGUGCAUCAGACAAGCUCCUGCCAGGGGAAAAGGGCCUGGAAGCUCGGGGGGCUGCAU